CUCCACGGAUCGCGAACCAACUUCUACGAAGCCGAUCCCCAUCAAACUAUACCACAUUUAUUGUCGCUGGCAUUGCUCCUCUUUCUUAAAAAUUCCUGUUUUGUCUACGUACGCUGCUAUUUCUAAAACCAUAAGCCUGAGAUAGACUCAUAAUGGACGUCGAAAUGCAGCAAUCGCCGCCUCCUCUCCCGGCGGACAACGAGCCGAAAUACGGCGGAUUCAGUCGCUUCGAGAUCGAGCUUGAGUUCGUACAAUCCCUCGCGAAUCCCUUCUACCUGAACCAUCUCGCGUCCCAGAAACUCCUCAACGAACCCGCCUUUGUCGCAUAUCUCAGCUACCUGCGAUACUGGACCCGCCCGCCCUAUCUCAAAUACCUCAUCUACCCGGGCCCGACCUUGAAGCACCUCGAGCUGCUCCAGGAAGAGCGCUUCAGACAAGAAAUCAUCAGUCCCGAGCUGGUGCACGCGCUGGCUGCAGAAGGAGCGAAAGCUGCCGUCGACUGGCACAAGGAAUGAUUGCGCGCCCGUGUUUCCUCCAAAACAUCGUUGUAAUACGUGGUUACAUUCCAGGCUCCUUGGAUCAUAAUUAUAUCCUUCUACUAAUUUUCAGAACGAGUCGUACUACUUCCUUUUUUUAGCCCACGGAAGAAUCGCAGUUGGGAUAUGCGAAUGCAUUUAUACAUAUGGGCUAGUCGCAUUAUAUCGAUGGAUCAUACGCGUAAAACUUGACCCGACUUCGUAUCAGGAAAGGACCUAUUCAGGAAAGAAUAGCAUUACGCAGAA